UCAGACCUCACUACUGUUUGGAAGUGAUUUCACGUAGCCAGUCUCUGGCUCACAGUAUUAGAUAGACUAGACCACAUUCAGUUGUUUGUUUACAUGGUCCUACAUUCUGAAGCUAGAGACAACCAGUAUCUUUACCCUGUGGAAGUUGAAAAGUGCUGAUCUGUGGUCUGAUGUAGAACCAGCUCGUCCAAGCCUGUGUUUCCCCUGUCUUUCUGGUCUCAGGCAGACCCUGGAUCAGGAUUGAGAGGCUUUCUGCUGUGAUCUGUUUACUCUCGGAAGGCUGGCUAACCACACCCACAGACAAGGCUUGCUUUAUUUCUGCAAGGGGGUGGAACGUGGACACACCCUCACUCACGUUUUGCAUCUGCUCCGUAGACCGAGAACACAUUCACACGCCGGCAGGCAGGACAGAACUACUCCAGGACCAAUCUGACCAGUGACACCAUGGCUGUUAACAAGUGCAUCAAGUACCUCCUCUUCCUAUUCAACCUGCUCUUCUGGAUAAGCGGAUGCAUAAUUCUUGGUGUAUCCAUCUACCUCAAAGUGAGCAAGGAUGGAAACAAGAUAACGAAUGAGGUUGUUCCAGGAAUUGACCUGCUCAUUGCCAUCGGUGUCAUAAUCAUGGUACUGGGAUUCCUGGGCUGCUGUGGAGCCAUAAAGGAAAACCGCUGCCUACUCCUACUGUUCUUCAUCGGGCUGCUUGUCAUCUUCGUCCUGCUGCUGGCUGCAGGAAUCCUGGGCGCUGUUGGAGAGGACAAAUCGAAAGAGUGGAUAAAGACGCGCUUUGAGAAGCUGCUACCUCUGAGGGACCAGGACGCCAGUGUCCAGACUGACCUGCAGAAGCUGGAGGAGGAGGGGAAGUGCUGUGGUCUGAUCAACGGCCCUCAGGACUGGGGCAAAACAGUGCCCUCCUCGUGCAACUGCAAGGACACGGCCCAGAACUGCACGUUGACAGAUGGACGUAAGGUCUACUCCACGCCCUGUAUAAAGUUUGUGACAUCCUUCAUGGAGAAGCAUGCUGUUGUGGCUCUGGCCAUCGCUUUUGCUGUUGCCGUACUCAUGCUGUUUGGAAUGGCCUUUGCCAUGACUCUGUACUGCCAGAUAGGGAAGGUGAACGCCAGCUCUGCGUAGACGGCGAUCUCCAGCCUUCCACUUGGGUCAGAUGUUCUAGAACCAUCUGCCUUGUCAGAACAUGCACUGGUAUGCUCAAGAUGGAAAUUAUGAAGUUUGUUUUAUUUUUUGUAAACCAUGAUCAAAUGCAUGUUUUAGUUUAUUGUUCUUUAUUGGCAUCUGGUUAGGUCAUCCUUUCAAUUUUCUUUUAUAAUCAUUUCGAUUUCUUAAAUGGGUAUUGUACAUAUUUGCACCAACCGAUGGUUUGUGUUAUUGUUGAACAGUUUGUAGAUGCUGCCUGACAACACAGCCUUUAUAUUUCAUCAAGCUGUGUGUGUAUAUAUCAUUUUGCCAGGUUACAAAAGUGGAAUCUAUAAAUAACUGUGCUGCCACGCCAGGCUAAUGUCUUGGUUUGUGUUUCUGGUUUGUGUCCUAUGCUUUUCCUCUGACUUCUGAAAUAAAUAUCUAUGAUUAA